AUAAAUAGACAAUAAUAUGAUUGUGUUGUGAUAAGUGCAACAUGAAGACAAAACAGGAAAGAGGGAAAAAUAAAUUGUUAUUCCCUUAUGGAAAAGAACAUUUUGAAACACAAAGGAGUUCCCGUAAUGGGUGUCACAAAAAUGACAUAAUGUAAUCUUAACAAAAUAAAACAGCAAAACCACAUAUUCAUAAAAGUGUAAUUUAAAUCUGUUAAAGAACCACUGAGCAAUCUCCCACCCACCAGUAGUGAGUCAAAGGGCACUGACGCAGGCAUAAGGGAAUUCAGUUUUCAAGCUCGGGCAGGAAACAUGCUCACUGCACCGUGUGCACAAACAAGCGUCCCACACGUACUAAUGGGACGCCGAGCUUGAGAGCACACUAUUCUGGCUACUGCUGCUCUGCAGAGAUGCAAGACUGCAAAUUUCACCGGUGGAGAAAUCUUGAAAAGAAGCAACACCAAGAGGGUUGAAGACGUGGAACGUCAGGAAACUUUUGGGUGAUAAAACAAGAUAAAAUGGCUGACCUUGUACCCGGACUACUCAUUUGUCUGAUGGCAGUGCAGAGCAGUCAGCAGGAGGGGAACAGUACCAGGACCAAAACCAAUAUUCAAGUUGGUGCAAUACCAAAAACAUUCAAGGGGUACAAACCUAAUCAAACAAACCAGCUGCCGGCUCUGAUCCAUCCCAGCUCAGACCCUCACCUGCAAGUGAACCCAGAGGACCCAGUGACGGCGUAUACCACAGGGGUCCUCAGCACCUGGGUCAUACCUUUGACAUAUAUCCUAGCCAUGCUGGUGGGUGUCCCCUCCAACGCCUACAUUCUGGCCUUCCUCAGAGUCAGACUCAGCUCCAAGUCUUUCUCCACGGUAGUUCUUUACUUGAACCUGGCCUUGUCUGACCUGCUGCUCCUGCUUUCCCUUGGAUUGCGUGUUCACUACCACUUCAAUGGAAACGACUGGAUAUUUGGGGAAGUCUCCUGUCGGCUUAUAACGGCGUUGUUUUAUGGCAAUGUUUACUGUUCAGCCCAGACUAUAGCGGGGAUCAGUCUGAAGCGCUAUCUGGCUGUGGUCAAACCAUUUCUGUACAGACGGAUGGCUAAAACUACACUUGCUCUGUGGACGUGCUUGGUUAUAUGGAUCCUGUACGGUGCAGCUAUCGUACCCGAGCUCUUAGUCAGGCAGAGCUACCAGAUUACACAGCUGGGAAUCACCACCUGUCAUGAUGUACUUCCCCUAGAAGAAAAAUCCCAUUUCCCACUGGUGCCAUACAGGAUGGUGCUGGUUUGCCUGGGCUUCAUAUUGCCCUUCCUGAUUUGUAUCUAUGCUCAUGUGUCUGUGGUUUACCACCUGGGACAAAGUGCUUGUGACUGGAGACCUUUUAUCAGGGUCAGCACUCUGGUUUUCGUCAUCUUUGUGGUGUGUUUCUUGCCCAGCGGCAUUCUACAUAUCCUUCACUACAUCAAGCUUUUCUCCAGUGGGGACGACGGACUGUAUGGAUAUUACAGAGUAGCCGUGUGUCUCUGCUGUUUCCACAGUUGUCUGGAUCCCUUCCUGUGUAUUCUUGUUUCCAAAACGGCAGCCUCAGAGCUACAAUUCAUCUCCCUCCAUGGGAUUUUACAGAGACCAGCAGUUAUGACGUGAGACUGGAAGUGUGUUCACAAAAAAAGUUUUUCCUUCCUAGGCCAUUGUCGGGACACAGCAGGGAGUCAAAGUAAAUAAGGAUGUGAAAAUCAAGAUUGGACACUGUGAAUCUAACAGUGAAACAUGGUACAGCACGAAAACAGCAAUGUUCCAACUGCGCAAGCUUUUUUUUAUCGUGUUGGCCUAGUGACACUAGCACUCUUAUCCCAAAGUGUGCCUUGUUAGAAAUAAACCCAAAUAUGUCAUA